GGGAACAGGUCGCGCCGCAGCCAUGCCGCCCCGCAGGUUCGCCUUCGGCCGCACCGACGAUGCCGUCCACCCGGAUACCAUGCGUGCCGCUCUCUCGGAGUUCAUCGCCACCGCUCUCUUCGUCUUCGCCGCCGAGGGCUCCAUUCUCUCUCUCGGAAAGCUCUACAAGGACACCUCCACCGCAGGGGGGCUGGUGGUGGUGGCUAUAGCCCACGCGCUAGCUUUGGCUGUAGCCGUGGCCAUCGCCUUUAACAUAUCGGGUGGCCACGUCAAUCCUGCGGUCACGCUCGGCGCUCUCGUCGGCGGCCGGAUCUCCCUUGUGCGGGCGGUAUUCUACUGGGUGGCGCAGCUACUCGGCGCCGUCGUAGCCGCCCUCCUCCUCAGGCUCGCGACCGGUGGCAUGAGGCCGGUUGGAUUCUCGGUGGCGUCGGGCGUCAGUGAUUGGCACGCCGUCCUGCUGGAGAUAGUGAUGACGUUCGGGCUGGUCUACACCGUCUACGCGACUGCGAUCGACCCCAAGAGGGGGCACCUCGGCACCAUCGCGCCUCUGGCCAUUGGCUUCAUCCUGGGCGCCAACAUCCUUGCCGGGGGACCGUUCGACGGCGCGGCAAUGAACCCGGCGAGGGCCUUCGGACCGGCACUUAUCGGGUGGAGGUGGAAGCACCACUGGGUGUACUGGGUUGGCCCCUUCAUAGGUGCAGCACUUGCAGGCGUUAUGUAUGAGUUCCUUAUGAUCCCAGCUGAGGCUCCUCGCACUCACCAGCCUUUGGCUCCUGAGGACUAUUAGCCUCUC